AUGGCUUCCACUGGCCCACCAAGUGAGCAGCCAGUUCCAACCGUCAGCCGUCAGUCUCGCUCCCGAGACGACCAUGACACCUUGGAAUGUGGUUCCUUCACCGCGCAGAAAUUGACAGACUCUAACGUCUUGAGACCACAGCAACAUGGAUCGCCAGAGCACCUACAUGUCACGAAUCGACGCUUCUUCAUAGGGCCAUUGCCCAAGGGCUGGGGCCAAAACCGCAGGAGGCAUUGGUAUAAAUCAUGUCUUGGGAUCAGAGAUUAUUCGUCUCGUAACCAAACAUUCUCUGCAGAUAUGUCUGUUGGAUACCAGCGCCAGUCAACUCGAUUCAUGGGACUUUCCUCAACUACACGAUUCAAGCCGAGCUUUCCACAACCAGAUGAUGUCGAAGCCGAAGUCGAAGACCAAGACGAGGAACAAGACGAGGACCAGGACCAAGAGAAUCGAAUCCAACAGCAACCACCAGUAGAGAAUGGCCAAACGGCAGGAGGUAGCCAAGUGGGACCAAGGGUAAUAAGAUCAAUAGACGCCGGUCGUGAAGCCCAGCGCAGGGACGAAGAUGCGGGAUACUUUGGUCUCUCCCACCCGAAUAUAAAACGCAUACAAGAUCAGCAGCGACCUAAAAAUAGUCCUCUCGCUACGAAUUCCAGCCUUGUUGUACGAAUGUCAUCCGACGAUAACGUGCCCGAAGCCUAUUUUACUGCUCCUGACACUGAACCGCAGUCGACAACUCCCAAAGUCAACCCUAUGCCACAAGAUAACAUCAAGUCACAAAAUCGAAAGAGUACAGAAAGCGGGCAGCCGCAAAGUUCCUCCUCAUUACCAUAUCGAAAUAGCUAUGCAACCACUGGUACAUCAGCCCUAUCUACUACCGAUGGGCAAGGUUUAGAAACAGAUGUUGGGUCACUAUCAUCUUUGAUACCCCAUAAUAAACCGCCACCAUCUUCUACUCCAAGAGAAAGAAGGCAGCCAAAACCUCAACAACUCGCGUUACAGCCUCAAGAGCCUCGAGGAGAAGCCGAUCAGACAGAAGCCGAAUUGGCAGAGUCUCAACAACCUAGCAAGCUUAUUAACCGUGUUAUUUCUGACCGAGUCCGCUAUGGAGUAGAGGAGAGGAUUGAGAAUGGACAACGCCGUCUACAGAACCACCUUGGCCUAUCUGAUGACUCCAGGACCAACAGAAAACAAAAACAACAGACUCGUCGACAUGGAGAAGUUCUUAGAGCAGAAAAAAUGCUAGUGCGGAUCGAUGUUACUGCUCAAACUGUGCCCAAUCUCUAUAACGAUAAUGCCAGCCUUAAAAUUGAAACACGACCCGUCGAAAACUGGAGGGAGUAUCUUGUAGUUUGCCGACAAGGCUACGACGAGCAAACACCGUACCUUCUCCAGUUCUACAAAACGCGUGUGAUACCCCAGGUUCAGGGUGCUAAAGUCAAGAGAAAAUAUGCACAUGAGGUGAAACUUUCCCAGGGCCAAGCCAACGUAAAUCUAUUCUCUACUUUGGACAAGACGGUUGUUGUGUGGCAUCCUACAAAGAUGGACGGUACUCGUAUUUUCAUUAUGCGAGCUCGAGCGGCCGCACAUUCGGUGGAAUGGUAUACCUUCAUUCGAAAGGUCUUGGGCUGGAAACAGCCCUCCAGCCUAUUCGUCCAUGCGCCUGACCUUGAUGUUUCUCUUGUUCUACAAAACCCGUUUGAGCGGUUUGCAAAGGAUAACUAUGACGAGAAUGAAGGAACUCUGUUAAAUUCAAUGGGCGAGGAACAAGCCGUAUCUACGGGAAUAAUACGCACUUGCAUGGACACACUCACGGAAUGUUCUGAAUGGUCUCAGAUUCUUGAUAUAUGGAAGAAGUCUGAAAAGAUGGGCUUAGCAUGGCGGAGGUAUGACCGGAUAGAGUGGAUUCAAGGAGGGAAUGAGGAGAGAAUGUAUGGAACAAUGGCUAUGAGAACUUCACACGAUUUGGAACUGCGCCCGAAGCGGCAUUAUCCAACUUCCACGGCUGUGGAACCAUCUGAACCCCUGAUGGAGGAACCUUCUCCAAUCGAAGGGUUUUUAAUUCUCCUCACCUCCCAGCAAGGCACCCAUCGGCGCUGGGGAAAGAACUUCUCCAAGCGUUUAUAUUUCUAUAGCGAGGACCAAUACCUCUGCUUUUGCAAGCCAACAAAGGCAUCUAUACCUCCAGCCCCAAAACGUCCCAGUGUUCCCGAAGCUGGGUCUUCCACUGCACCUGAAACAAUCAGAGGCACUCCUGUUAUGUAUACGGUUGACCCAUAUCCAGUUAAAAAUGGCCAGAUUUCAUGGCUACAUGACGGAGGUAAUAAGUCAUAUGCUAGGUACUGUGACCAAGCCGCAUACACAGAGAAUCGCCGAAAUACAAAUAACCUUAGCCAAACGGAAGGAUAUUUCAAUUUAGGCCGAGUAACCGAAAUAAGAACUGUAUCAGAGACGGAAAGCACAGGAACCCAAAGAAAUGGAACAAAUCUUGGGACUCAGCGCUCUAUUACAAACCGUGCUACUACCAGCAGUUUCUCUCAUAGUGACAACGAUCACGUAUUUGAGCUUGAACUUGAUGAUGGGCUUGUGGUUAGAUUACGUGCCUAUAAUACUGAAACCCGAGAUGCUUGGAUCCAUAGGUUGCGCCAAUUGACUACAUACUGGAAGGCUCGGGUCAAGGCUGACAUCAACAUAUUGAAGUCUAUUCGACAACGCAAUCUGGAAAAACUUGAUAUAGAUGAGGAGCAGGAAUCUGUGAUUGGACAAUUUGCACAAAAAUGGGAAGUUGCUCGGGCAGACGCCUCACCGGAGCUCUUCAAUGUUUGUGGCCCAUCCGGAUGCCGGGCAAUCAAGGGCUCUGUUAGGACUUUUUCAGGAGAACAAGUACCUCAUACACAUCAGUCUAGGCAGACCAUUCUCGACCUACGGGAUUGCUACCUAUAUAGUGGUAUCAUUACUAGCUCCGACUUACUAUACCACAGCCAGACCUUUGACAACAAUCACCCAAGCCAUAAUUCAACGCCACGCAUAUAUCCAUCCGAUGGUUGGACAUCGGCCGAUGAGGAUACAGCAACGACAUUUGUCAUCUGGAACAAUACCCGCCGAGUAUUGUUCCAUGGGGAAGAAGAGAGAGACGGAAACCAGAAGACGCGAAGAUGGAGACAUGUAUCUCGCCUAGGUACAUCAGGCAGAUCAAUCGUAUUUAAAGCUCGAAGCAGAGCAGAAAGAGAUCUGUGGGUUCUUGCUAUCGAGACGGAGAUCGACCGGCUGCAGCAGCAGGAAGAUAUGAGAAUUGUGCCAGAAAAGUGA